AUGGAUCAAGAUGAUAAGACAACAUCACACACGUUUAAAGCAGUUGGAACGACAUCGUCCACAACAUCAUCUGGUAAUGGUGGUGGAUCCAAGUUGAACUUGGCAACUGGCACACAUAGGACGAUAACAUUCUCAAAGAAGGCAUUGCCUGGUAUGAUACAGUUUGGUGCCGCACGAUUCAAAUCACAGCCAGAUCUACACAAAGACACCAAUAUACAAGACGAGUCCUCACAGAUAUGGCGAUCAUCCCAAGGUCAACAAAGAUCAGAUGAGCUAUGGAGUGCAUUCAGAUCAAGACUCGAUUCGACAGAGGAGGCGACCAACACUUUAAAGAAGUUCGUUGCACAUUAUAACCCUUGUUACGAUCAGUGGAGCAAGGACUUGCAACCAGACAGUCAUGAUAUGAAGUUGGUGGCCAUAAAGAUAAAGGCCACUCCACAGAUAGAUCUGCCUUCAUUACAGUUUGUAGCCACUCAGCUCUGUACAUUUGUGCUCAAUCUCUCGGUGGCCUUGACAGAUGACAACGUGGCCAUACCCGAGGGUCUCUACCUGAUCGUGCUCAUCAACAUCUUGUCACGCGCUCCACACAACCUGCAGAUCAUCCUGCAGGAGAACGCGCUCACCCAUCCAUUCCAGGCGGCGCGUCUAGCCACACUCAAGUUGUCAUCGUUCAAGGACCCGCUGGCCCCAGUCUUUGUCAAGUGGUGGCCGUACCUCAAGGUGCUACUCGGCAACUUCUGCCAGAUUGUGAGCAAUAUCGCACAUGACAGGAUUGGCUGGCAGAUGUCGGUACGUCAGUCGGCCAACGCGCUGGUGGGCGGCGACUCACCAGUCUUCACACCGGGCAUCGGCGAGGACAUGUCGCCAACUUCAUCGUCGCCGCUCAGCUCAUUCACCACGCUGCCUUACAGGAGCAGCGACAUGUCCUUCUCGCCAGUGACCUCGGCCGCCUCGCUGCCGACUUCACCCAUCAUGAUUGGACUCAAGGACAGCAUGAACCUCAGCCACAGCACUGGCAGCAUGAUCAAUCUCAACAGCAGUAUUAACCCACACAGUCUGGUACCGGCCUUGCCGUUCUCCACACAACAGUUGCUCAAGCUUGGCGUGGUGGGCAUUCUCAUCGAUUCGCUGCAGUUCUUCAACGAUAACUUCACUGCCAAGCGGCCAAAGGACAGUUCGCAGACAUUCAGAUAUCUGAUCGCUGAUACUCUAGGCGUGCUGAUCUUCUCCAAUGGCAACAGUAUGCAUUGUAAGCUCAAAGAGAAUGGUUCCGAGAUGAAGACAAUCAUUGGCGCCAUUGGUCGCAAGCCCUACACAUUGCCCAACAAGAAGCAUUCGGCACUUCAAGCCGAGUUCCUCUUCCAGCUACACAUGCUUCGUGUGAUCAGAGAGUUAACACAUAACAACAUACAGAAUGCCAAGCAAUUCAUCAACCUCAAUGGAUUCAAGACCAUCAAGGAUGUCAUACAGUGGACGACAGAGUGCUUCCAGCCAGAGAGCUUCCACUACACUGACGAUAUAUGCCAGCAACAGAACUUGUUAGGCAUGGAUGCAUCGGACGCGACGUCCAUGUCGGCAAGCAGCUCAGCUUCAUCAUUCUCUGACAUCUUCUCCAACUGCCAAUGCAACGCCUAUGACAAUUUGAACACGGUGCUGAGCAGCCUCAAGUACACAACGUUCUCGGUGGGCACCUCUGUCAAGCCACCAACAGUUCUCAAGCGCAGCAGAGUCAACCAGCUCACUCAACUCUUUGGCAUCAUUCAUUCACUCUCUUUCACCGCCAUACCCAUCUCCAAGAUUGCCAUUUCCAAAGGCAGCAGUGGAUCAUUCUUUGCCGCCAACAACAACAACAAUGGAGGUAGUGGCGUUGGUGGAAUCACUGGCCACAGUCCAAGCGGCGCGGGCAGUCAUAGCAGUACAAUGUUGUCCUCAUCAAUGAUAAUCGAUCAAUCCGAAUCAUCAUCAGCCAACAACAACAACCCCAACACCAACACCAACAACAACUAUAACUAUAGCAGCAGCACAAGCAAUAUGGGUACAAGCAACAGCACCAGUUGGUCAAACUACAGCUCACUACAUAGCAGUACAACCAGCAUUCACUCUGGUGUAUCCACCAGCAAUCCACUAUCGAACAGUGGUAACAACUCAUUCUUGAUGAGUUCAAUGUCUGGACACCAGAACAACAACAACAACAAUAUGAGCAACAGCUUGAACAACAACAUGAACAACAACAAUGGUGAAGAGAGGAAGUUUGUAAAUACAUACAUCAUUGAGAUGGUCUUGGAGAAUCUGUUCAAGGAGAAGACGAGCAAGAAGUCGACACGAGCACUGGACCUGAUACGCACGAGAUAUCCAGAGUUACAGCUCAUCGUGUUGGAGUAUCUCACAAAGAUCAUCAUGGAGAGCGGCGAGAUGUUGGACAUACUGCGCAAGCACUUCAUGUGGCGCCUCAUCAUGAAGUCGCCAUUCUUCUACCAGUGCCUGUUUGACGAGCGCAUUGAGGGUGCCGAGUCCAUGGAUGCCGCUCAGACCAGCCGUGCACAAUACAUGUUCAAGGGCGUGCGCUCCAACACCCUGUCAUUCGUGCGCUUCGUUGCCACACACAACAACAUCGAGAACACCGAGGAGGUCAUGAUGCUGCUGCACUACAUGAAGGAGAACCUGAACAAUCCCACCCGUUUGCUCGAGAUCACUCAUCUGCUGGUCAUCAUCACCAAGAGCAAUCCAAGCACUGUCAAGGCAUUGAUUGCCCAGAAGAUAUUCUCGCAGUUGGCCGACAUCAUUCAGCUGCUGUUGCAACAGGGUGACACGGAGGACAAGGCAGCAAAGCGUGCACGCAAUGCAAUAUUUAGCUUCUUGGGUCAGCUUGUCAUCCAUGAGGAGCUAUCCCUCUAUGCACUGACUGACAAGUACCUCAUUGAAACCAUGUUCCAGAUGCUGAGGCGUCCUGAGCUCAAGACUUACGCCCUUACCCAGAUCAUUCACCUGAUGAAGCUAAACCCUGAACCAAUCACCGCGCUCGACGAGAUCUUCAAUGUCUACAUUGGACACAUGGCCAAGAUAAAGGAGGAUGCAUCACCGGAUGGAGGCUUCGAGAUUACUUUGGCAUUGCUGGAUGGCAUUCGCCAGGUGAUCAAAGCCAAUCCCAAGAAGCAACAGCUGUUCAAGGAGUUUGGUGUGUUCAUCAAGAUCGUCACACUGGUCAACAUCGAUGUGAGCAGCGCAACAAAGGAGCGCAUGUCCGCCCUGUGCCACUCGGUCAUUAAGACUGUGAUCGUGCUGAUGGCCAACAGCCCUAAGAUCAAGAAGCAUGUACGUCGUCGCAUUGGCUACGACUCGCUCAAGAACAUCAUCGUCAAGUACGAGACUGUUAUCUCAGAGACAACGAUGAAGCUGAUCUUUGACAUGAUCGUCGACGACGAGUUUGAUCGCGAGUACAACUAUGUGAUCCAGAACAGCGAUGCCAUCUUGCUGCUGUUCAGCUUGCUGCGCAACUUUCCCCUGGCACUGCAGCACCGCAUCCUGGACACGAUCACACCAAUCGUCCUAAAGUGCACAACCAAUCAAUCGGUGUGCUGUAACUCCAACCUGAUCUACCACUUGCUGGACGCCAUCAAUGCAUCCAGCGAGAUGGACAUCAUCACCAAGAUCCUUGGACUGAUAGAGUCACUCGGCUACCACAGUGUCAAUGUGCGUGAGCUCAAGAAGAUGUUCCGUUUGCUCAAGAGUGGCGACACGGGUGACAACCGCCCACCAAUCACCUCAGUUUUGCUCUCCACCCUGCAGAACAUAGCCAUUACACGCAAUCCAGGCCCCCAAGUAUACUUUGACUUUGAUGGCCGCGUUUCCAGCAUCAACCUGCCCACGCUAGACAAGUGGCCAUUUGCCAAGGGCUUCACAUGCACGACGUGGGUGCGUAUCGAGUCCUUUGUCGACCCGACCGGCACUCCCGACUACAAGCCUCGCCUGUUCAGCUUCCUCAACGACAGCGGCAGUGGCAUCGAAGCUCUGUUCAUCUAUCAUCAGCUGCAGAUCCAGACCGUGCACAACUACACUCCUUCCAAGCCUGUGCUGACCACCGGAGCGCCCUCCUUUGACGAGCACAAAUGGUAUUUCGUCAGCAUAGUCUACUCGACCAACCUGUUCUCUGCCAGCGAGAUCAAGGUGUAUAUUGAUGGCGCUCUGCGCACCAAGACGUCACUCAAGAUGAAUACAAUGAGCGGCGUCAUGAACAACUUCAAGAUUGGCAACAGCAUCGAGCUCGAGUCACGCACCAACCCGCUGUACGGUCAGAUCGGCGCGUUCAACAUCUUUGAGGAGUCUCUGUCCCCAUCGCAGAUCCAGUCGAUCUUCUCUCUGGGUGCCAACUUCAACACAUCGUUCACAGACGUCGAGGGCUCAGGUGGAGGCAAGAGUAGCCACGCCACCGACCAAUCACUCACAAACAGGUUGUUCCUCAGUUACAAUUGUCGUGCGAUUGACGGUGACAUCUGUCUAGACAACACACCAAACAUUGGUGUCGACCGCAACUGCGACGCUGCACUAGUAUCCAUCAACCCUUGCAUCUCACGUGACAUCAAGGACAUCAUCUACUGUCUUGGAGGCAUCAAGGUUUUGUUCCCGCUGAUCCCACAGGCCAACCAGUCCAGUCUGGGCGGCAGUUCACUGAGCAGCAGCAGCGUCAUCGACCCUUCCAACAACGCCCGUCUCACCAUGCAGAUCCUUGCACUGUUCAAAGACAUGCUCCGUGGCAGUGAGGCCAAUCAAGAGGAGAUGCUGCGUUGCAAGGGCCUCUCAGUACUCUCGUAUCUUCUGCAGCAGAUUCCCUCGGACAACCUGACGCAGUACGUGCUCAACAUCUUCAAGGACAUGCGUAACCAGAUCACCGACCCCAACCUCGUCGAGGAGGUCUACUCGAUCCUGCUUCUGGACUUCCGUCUUUGGAUCAAGACACGUUACGAAGUCCAACGUAGCCUUUUGCUGACGAUCAAACAGAUUGUCCAGGACAAGCUGGAUCAGGUGCGCGAUAUUAUCACUGUUCAGGUGUUGCUGGACAUCAUGGCCAACUUCUUCUGGUACGAGUUCCACGAGACUAGCUCGAUACUCAAUGCCAAGGACAUCAUUCAGAAGCGUCCAAGCAUCAACAACAUUCUAUCUCUGCGCCAGAUCACACUUGAGAUCAUCCAGAUCCUUCUCAAGAAUCCCACCACGAACGAUGUUUCAUCAUUGUGUCGCUACGCCAUCUACACACUGGACUCUCGAGCAUCGAUCGAAGCCCUCGAGUUUAUCAUGGAGCUCAUCGCAAAGCCAGGCGCAGCCGGCCAAUACCAAGCGUUCUUUGACGAGUUGGAGAAGCUGGGUAGCACCGACAUCUUCCUCACGCUACUCUCGAGAAAGGAGGAGCGCGUUCGCAUCAUGGCGCUGCAACUCAUCGCCAAGAUCUAUGUAACACACUACCAGCACACGAGCUCUAGUGCCAGCAAGCUAACGAUCAAGCGUCGCACCAAGUCCAUUUUCCAGGACUCUAUCAUCAUCGCUCGCUCUCUCCACCUCUUCCCGCUGACCGAGCUGACCUAUGGCAACCUUCUGGCGUUCGCUCUGGGAAUUUGUGAGGUCGGUUCAACAUUCCACAUGUUGCGCCUCGAGAACAUGAUGGCUGAGGCCAGCUGCGACAUCGUCUUCCCCGAGGUGAUGAGUGUCAUCAUCAAGCUUCUGCCAAGCGCUGACACGAUUGUGCUUCGCCAGAUGAUCUUGCACAACAUCAAGAUGCUGUUGGUUCAGCCUAACAACUCAGCCAAUCGCACUGCAUUCCUCCAGAUUGACAAGUGGCCCGAGCACCUGUUCUCCGUGCUCAACGACACUGAGAUCAAGAAUGACGCGCAGUACUCCAAUGUCACGGAUCUGAUCAUUGACAUCAUGAAGGUGCUGGCCAUUCACUCAAUGAACGAGGUCAAGGGCUUCAAGAUCCUCGAGCAGAUCCUCGCCACACUGCGACCCUACGCCGAACGUGGAGUGCUCAACUACCACUUCCUCACACGUACAUUGCUCUCCAACAUCGUUGUGGCCGUCAAGUCCGAGGCCAUGCGUGAUAAGGACUCGCCACUCAACAAUAAGUCCAAGAAGUUGUCGGACAACAUCAUCCAUUUCCUGAUGGUCGUUGAGGAGUUUGUGUUCUACUCGCCUCUGGACGAUGUCAACUCACUGUCCAACUCACUGGUCCUCGUGGAUAGUGCUGCGUCCAUCCCCGAGCCCAGUGGAAACGGCCAUCAGAGUGUCAACUUGCGAGCAAGUCUGGCCAGCAGCAUCAGCUUCCUCACCGUGAAUGAUAAUAACAACAACAACAAUGGCGGCAGCCCUGGAAGCUCGCCAUCAGGCGGCUCAGGCACACCAGUGAUCAACGCACCCAGCCACUUCAGCCGCAUCCAUCUUAACGAACGCAAUGAGUGGAUCGACUACCAGUUGGUGACUGAAGUACUUGACAUGGUGGACACACUCAAGAUUGGCAACUACACAGCCUACGAAGGCACUUACAGCAACAGUCUGCAGACUGGCAAGGCCAUCCAAGUGUACACCACGCAUCAGCAGCGUAUUGUCCAUCGCAUUCUGCUCGAGACGAUCAAGGAGGCUUGCAAGCGAACAGGCGAGCCCAUCUCAGUCGUUCAUCUUCACAUCUCGCGUCUACGCACGUUAAUGGAUCGCGACCUUCACAGCAAGUCCGAGGAAGUCAACAUACGUUGCCUGUACGCGCUCUCACAGUUGAUCAAGGCGAUGCGCAACACGAUCGACAACAAUCUGACGGCGUACCAAAAGUUGUUGGUGCCGCCAAUGAAGGACAUCAUCAGGAAGGUGCGUUCGGGCAUCACGGCCCACCUCGUACACCGCCACACCAACACAUCCCGCCACAGUGUCAGCGUCAGCGAUAUUGAACACGAGAUCGCAGGAUGGGUGUCUGAGUUGUCGGACUCCACUCGCUCUGACGACUUCUGCACGAUCGUCAUGUGUCACGUGCGCUGGACACACGUAUGCGAGUACGUCGAGGAGCACUCAGCGCAGUUCUACCACGAGGAGAAGGCUAUCUCGCAUCGCGUCGACAAGCGCAAGAAGAAGCGCCAGAAGAACUUGCAGGCAAUGGACGACAAGGAAGCCGACACCUUCUCCAACACCGAGAAGAAGGCCGACGCUGACAUCAAACAUGUCGACCGCACGCUCUGGAUCCCCGAGCGCGACCGCCGUCUGGCGCUGCUGACCAACAUGCAGAUGUCCACGUAUGAGAUCGCUGCACAGUGGCGUCGCAUCAUGCGUGAACUGUGCAAUGAACGUGGACCUUGGGGCACGACCGAGACUGUCGUUCACUGGAAACAUGACAAGACUGAGAACAACUCCCGGAUGCGUUACAAACAGAAGCGAAACUACAAGUUCAACGACCAUGCCAACUGCGCAAUCGAUGAGGAUGUCAACAGCCCUGGCUCGCUGGCUAGCAUUAUUUCAAGUGACAGCAGCCGUAAGGACUCGUCCAUCUCGGACCUCAAGGUCAAGCCUUUGCUCAACAACAAGGACAACGACCUCUUGGAUGACUGGGCACUUGUGGAGGAGUCAGAUAUGCUUCUUGAUGACCAGGCAUCACCGCCUUUCUCACCUGGCGGUCCCCUGCCCAACUUUGCUGGCGCUGCUUCAAUGCCAGCCGCAAAGAAGAUCCUGUACACUACUCAAUGCGACUACGUCACGCCAAUGAACGUCAAGAAGGGUCGCCUGGACAUCACAUCCGUUCACAUCACCUUCACUGAGGAGCUCACUGAUGAGGCUGCCGCAGCUUCAGCUGCCCAACUUGGUGCGCCACGCAUGCCAAAGAUCAAGACAUGGGCAUGCGAGGAGAUCAAGGACGUGCAUUUACGACGCUACCUGUUGCGUGGCAGUGCACUCGAGGUGUUCAUGCGCGACCAGACGACAUUCUUCCUGAACUUCUCAAAGAAUGACCGCAACAAGGUGUUCUCCAAGAUCCACUCUGUACGUCGCACCUACUACAAGGAGAGCAUGGCCAAUUCAUUGUCGCCACAGGACACUCUCAAGAAGGCAAUGGCAGACUGGCAACAGCGACGCAUGUCCAACUUUGACUACCUCAUGACCCUGAACACCCUGGCCGGUCGUACCUACAACGACCUCACCCAGUACCCCGUGUUGCCUUGGGUGUUGGCUGACUACACGUCAACGACACUCGACCUGUCCAACCCGGGCGUGUACCGCGACCUCAGCAAGCCAGUGGGAGCGCUCGACCCCGACCGUCUCAAGGUGUUCCGCGAGCGUUACGACACCUUUGACGACCCCGUCAUCCCCAAGUUCUACUACGGAUCUCACUAUUCUAGCGCGGGCAUUGUGCUGUUCUACAUGAUCAGGAUGGAGCCAUUCACAUCACACUUCCUGCAACUGCAGGGCGGUCGCUUCGACCACGCCGACCGUAUGUUUGAUUCGAUCGCGCAGGCCUAUCGCAACACGCUGAGCAGUACGACCGACGUCAAAGAGCUCAUACCCGAGUUCUUCUACCUGCCCGAGAUGUUCACCAACCAAAACAACUUUAGCUUUGGCGUCAAGCAGGAUGGCCGCGCCAUUGGCGACGUGAUACUGCCCCCAUGGGCGGCAACCCCACACGACUUUGUUCGUAUCAAUCGCGAGGCCCUUGAGAGCGAGUUCGUUUCAGCACACUUGCACGAGUGGAUCGAUCUGAUCUUUGGCAUCAAGCAGCGAGGCCGUCUCGCAGUCGAGGCCUUCAAUGUGUUCUACUACCUCACGUACGAGGGUGCGGUCGACAUUGACGCAAUCGAGGAUGAGAUGAUGCGCAAGGCUACUGAGUCCCAGAUCAAUCACUUUGGACAGACACCAACACAAUUGUUUGCCAAGAAGGCGCAUCCCUCUCGCGAUGCCUUCCAAGAGAGCCAACAAUCAAUCUUCAAGUCGCCACAGUACUUACAGGCAUUCUACCUCAAGAUAGGCUCAAAGCCACUGGUCUAUGUGUUCAUCCCCGAGCAGGCCCAACCCAUGUCCUACAUCCUCUCGGACAAGGUCAGCAUCGUGGAUCGCUCGCGAGUCGUCACCUGUCACAAGUGGUUCCCCAACACACAGAACGAACGUUCGCCAUUCACAUUGGAGCUGGACCCAUCGUCCAACAGCAACAAGCGUCGCGUCGGUCUUCCAUUCGCCAACGACGUCAACAUCUCACAGAACUGCUUUGCCGUCACCAAUGACGGACGCUUCGUCAUCAGCUGCGGCCACUGGGACAACAGUUUCAAGAUCUCGUUCACAGACAGUGCCAAGCUGAUCCAGAGCGUCGUUAAGCACAAGGACAUUGUCACAUGUCUGGCAUGGUCGUCAGAGAUCCAGACGCUGAUCACUGGCUCGCGCGACACCACUCUGAUGGUCUGGAAUCUGCGCAAGAGUGGCGCCACUCCCAAGUUUGACAGCGUGCCCACUCACAUCCUUUAUGGCCACGACGAUGAGAUCACCUGUGUGGACCUCAACGUUGAGUUGGACAUAUGUGUAAGUGGUUCCAAGGAUGGUUCAUGCAUCAUCCACAGUCUGCGCAAGGGCGAGUACGUUCGUACAAUCUAUCUACCAACUCAAUCAUCAGUCAGCAUCUGUUGUAUAUCCAAUCAAGGACACAUUGUCAUUUAUUCACAAGAUGAUCUGAUCAUCUACUUGUAUAGUAUUAAUGGACAUUUGUUGUCCACAGUCAACACUCAUGAGCGACUCCAAAGUAUUAUCAUCAGCAAGGACUCUGAGUACUUGAUCUCUGGUGGUGAGAAGGGAACUCUUGUAGUGAGGACAUUGUAUAAUCUUAAAUUCGCACAUAAGCUAACAUUGGAUACACAGAUCACAUCAUUGGCAUCUGAUCAGAGACAUCUAAUGGUUGGAAUGGAGGAUGGACGUCUACUUAUUGUGGCCUCAAGUCUAUCACAUAACGCCUCAUCAUCGUUGACCUCUCCAUUGGCAUCCUCAGCCAGACAGAAAUAA